AAGGGUCAUAACCUUUGCCCUCAGGACGCGUAUUUUUUUUCAUCGACGCUUUGGAGAUCAUCUUUUCUCAACGUUUUGCGUAAUUUGAGGAGGCAUUUUGCUGUCUGUAUCGGUAGGAAUGGCCCAUACCAUAUUGUUGGUCCAGCCAACUGGCAGGCCAGAGUCCAGAACAUACUCAGACUAUGAAACAGUGACGGAAUGUAUGGAGGGUGUGUGCAAGAUAUUUGAGGAACACUUGAAGAGGGUAAACCCCACCAGCCCUUCCAUCACCUAUGACAUCAGUCAACUGUUUGACUUCAUCGAUCAGCUAGCUGACCUAAGCUGUCUUGUGUUUCAAAAAUCUACAAACACCUAUGCACCCCACGACAAAGACUGGAUCAAAGAAAAGAUCUACAUCUUACUGAGAAAACAGGCUGAACAAGCAAGGAUGGACUGACAUUGAAGUCAUCUUCCUAGGACACUUAAUCUUUCAUACAAGUUGGAUUUCUAAAGGAAACAGUGAUGCUUGUCACCAAACCAAGGAAGACAACAAAACAAUAUUACCAAGAUGAAAGUUAGUUUUGUUACUCAGGUUCUUUUACAGUUACGUUAUGUCUUUACAGUAGCCCCUAGAACUGUUAGAGGUAUUGUGAGUUUGUCUAUACCCCCAAAUAUUUAUGAUGUAAAGAGUUUGUAGUCGAUCAGGAAGCAGCCUGUAAAGUUUGUUUUUCAGGUUGAGACUUGAUAAGCAAUAUUACAACUAUACAAGGGAGACCUGAGACAGCAAGAGGUAUUGAUGUACUACGUGUAUAUCUAUAGGUGUAGAGGUAGUGUAUGUCAUGGGGAUAAAGUAAGAAUACUCCAACAUCAAUGUAGUCAACUAGUGUAUUAUUCCAACUAUAUCAAUGGCAAGCAAUCUGAUUUUGAAGUACUGAAGUCAUUAAACUGUGGAAAGACCUCUAAGCAUGGUCAAAAAAUCCCUGUUGUAGCUUGCCAUGACAUACUAGGUAUCUAAACACGGAUACAAGUAAUACCUGGAAGUUCUUUUGGGUUGUGUUAACCCCCAGAAGUUUUGUGUAAAAUAGGGUACAUUGUAGAGAAACCAUUGGCGAUAAGUUGCUCUCUACUUGAUGACAAAUCCAUUCAGUUUCAUCAUCAACAAUGUGAUGUGUAAGUCUUUUUAACAUGUAUACGUGGGUCAGUUGAAUACCGUAAAUGAGUUUUAUGUUGAUCACGGGUUGUCAAAAGAUGCUAACAUAUCUGUGCUACACUGAAUCUGUGCACCUGGCUCACGUCAUGAACAGAUUCACUUGUUGCAGGAAAGGUUGUGGAGUAUUGCUGAAAUUUUGUUGUGUUUGUUAAUGCAGCCUUUGUUAACAUAGUAACCUUAUAUUCAUAGUGUCAUUCAAAGGCAUAUACAUGU